AUGGCAGCGACGCCGAGAUGGACAGAGCAGGACGACUUGAAGCUCCGACUGGUCCUCGAGGAAGCGGAUGGCAAGGCCAGCUGGGGCGAAGUUGUCAAGAGGGCGUUUCCUGACGGCAAGCACGCGAAGAAGGACUGCCAGGACCGCUGGAAAGCCCUCUCGAAGCCGAAACCGAUCAAGGGGCCUUGGACGCCGGAGGAGGACGCUCAACUCGAGGCGCUGGUCGCCAAGUACGGCUCGGAGAAAUGGGUGAGCAUCUCGGAGGAGAUGCCGACACGCAGCGGGAAGCAGUGUCGAGAACGAUGGCAUAACCACCUUGACCCGUCCAUCAAGAAGGGCAACUGGACCGUCGAGGAAGACGCGCUCAUCAAGGAGAUGUACGCUCGCAUGGGACCGCGAUGGGCGGAGAUGGCGAAGCAUCUGCCCGGACGGCCGGACAACGCAAUCAAGAACUACUGGAACGCGCAACAAGCGCGCGAGAAGCGGGACCGGAGUCGCAGCCAGACUUCCAUCUCGCUCGGCACCAUCGACAACGUCACUGUCGCCAAAGCAAGAGCGAGUGCGGCAGCAGCAGCAGUCACAGCUGCCGCAGCUGCCGCAUCAGCUCGAGGAGAAGCGCCUCUCCCGAUGCCGCCCACAAUGUGCCGAACCGCCUCGUCCAGCUCGCUCAACGGUGGCGCUCGCUUCGCGCCCUACGCUCGCUCGGCGCCGAUGCACAAGACGCGCAGCGAGUCGGUCUCGUCCCUUGCCGGCUUCACCGCUCUUCGACCUGCCCAGUCGGUCGAAGCGUUCGACUUGGCCCCUCAGUCGCAGCGACCGGCGCAGAUGUACCGCAGCCACUCGAUUGCCGCCUUCCAGCACCCAGCGCUGCAGACGACGUCGAUGCAGGCGUAUGGUUUCGCCGAUGCCGACCCGGAUGCAACUGAAGUCCUCGGUCCUCAGCAGCAGGUCGCCUUCCCCCAACAGCACGAAGGCGCGCCCAUCACACCUGCACGGUAUCGACGACCUCACGCCAACUCGUCGCCGCCACUCCCGACUGGCCUGCACAACUUUUCGUACAUCUCGGAUGCUCCAGGUCGACCAGGAGCCGUCUUCCAGCCUAUGCACCAGGCCGUCGAGGUUGCAGAAGCGUGGAGCGGCCAUCCUGCCGUACAAGGCACGAUCAUCACGCCGUCAGGCCGCGUCCAGCCCGUUCUCGCCCGCCUCCAUAUCGAGGACCAGUCGUCUGCCGCCUCGUCCCUCUCUUCCGCUUACGACUCGCCCGUUCAACAACUAUCCUCUUCCUCUUCCUUCACCUACUACCCCGAGUCGAGCUUCGCUUCGCCUCUCGAACCCGUCGAUCCGGCUCAACACCAGUUCAUGGCGACGAACGGCUUUGCGAUGCUUCCCGCCGGCGAGCUCGUCUUUGACCCGAGCAUGGCGGGAGGUGAAGACGUCCCGCUGCAUCCGCAGGCGCCGCUCGCACCGCUAUCGCAGGGUCAGGCGCAGGAAAGCAUGCACGUCUUCCCGACGUCGUCGUCCGGCCCGUACAUCCACCCUUCGCACCAGCUACACACUCUCGACGAGCACCAGCCCUACUCACACGCUGCGACGACCCCCAGCUCGACCGCUCCCUCGCCUUACCUUGCCGACACUCCCUUCGACCAGACGGCGACGAUCUCGGUCGACCAGUACGGACAGGUCGUCUCGCCUGCGUACACGACGUCUUCGAUCGCCACGCCCGCUUCGACGACGCACAGUCCGCACGACAGCGGGUAUGCGGCGAGUCUCGGCAUGCAAGACCCGUCGCAGACGCCUCAGCAGACGCCGGUCCUCGCGCAGGAUGCGACGUUCGCGGCGCAGGACUUGACGGAGGAGCAGUACGGGAUUGCAGGGACUGCACCGCGUCCUGCGUUGUCGAGGCGGCACACGGGCUCGUUGACGUUCCGGGACAACUCGCCCGGCGACCCAGACAGCGCGCUGCAGCACUCGAGUCUCGCCUCGGCUGCGUCGUCGCGCACCUCGACGCCCGCAUCGAUGCACCGUCACACCCCUUCGCUCCCUUCGCUCCCUUUCGAGCCGCCGAAAGGAUCGCGCCGACCCUCCGUCUCCUCGUCUCGCCCAGCAAUGCACGGCCGUCACCGCUCGUAUUCUCGCCCUACACCCUACACGACAAACACUACCUCGCCCUUCUCCGCCGCCUCGCUCGCUUCGAACCCACCUCCGCUCCCUCGCCACGCCUCCGUCUCGUCCCUCGCUGCCCCAAUCGAUCUCGGCUCCUCCUCUUCCAUCGCGCUAUCAAGAACAGCGUCAAUGCCAGGAGGCUACUUCCCCUCUUCCGCACCAAUGGCCAAGGUGUACUCGUCACCCAUGAGCGAGCUCUCCGGCCGCUUCGGCGAAGGACUGCACCUCUCGUCCUCCUCUUCGGCCUCCUCUACGCCUUCUCCUUCGUCCGUCCACCCACUUGGAGCGGGUCCAACGGCAUCUCUCCCCCGAAGCGCAGCGAGCGUCUCGCUCGGGGACUUGAUCCGCGAGGAGGAGCAGAGGAUCCACCACGGCGUCGAGUCUCAAGCGGGGUUGGGAAUGGGGUUGGGGAGGUCGACGAGUGGGGGUUUGACGGUGGAUGCGAAUGGGAGGGCCGUCUUGCCGCUCUAA